AUGUCUAAUGAAAAUGAAAAUGAUCUAACUCACAAUAAUCUUCUGUAUUUCGCUCUGUUGUUAAUGCUUUCUUCUUUCACAUUACCGAAUUCUUAUUCUGAUAAUAAUGGUGGUAGAAAAAGCUUUAUGUUAUCCAAAAAAUUUUACAAUAGUAUUACUAACAACCAAAAUAUAGAUAUAAAUUUUCUUAUAUUGUAUUCUGACGAUGGCAGUUAUAAUACAUUAAAUGAUAAUCUCAACAAAACUGUAUUAUCUACUAAUAACUUUGAUAAUGAACUAGAUAGUAUAGAAGAAAAAUAUAUGAAGACAAAAUCAAAAAAACACUCUAGAAUCGAUCAAUCAUCACCAUCCUCCUCAAAACUAUCAAAAAAUGAUACACAAUCAAUUAACAAGUUUUUAGAAGCUAUUUCUCAAAUUAAACUCGGUACUUCUACCAUACAAAAAACUGAUAAAGAUGUGACCAAAUUGAUCAGCAAGAUGAAGAUAUAA